AUGUUUCUUCCCCUCUCUUGGAUUCUGGGAACUUCUGAAUUGGAGCCUUUUGAGUCAAGUUUAAUUGAUCGCUUUUUUCAAGGUCUGGUGGGUGCAUGUGGAAUCUCAGUGCUGUGGAAUCUGAUGCGAAUUCAUCUAUUCAUUCAAACAUGCAGUGAUUCUGAAGCUGAAAAUGAAAGGAGUAAGAGGUCAUCUUCAGCAAGCAGACUACUCAUAGGGAAUUGGAAAACAGUGUUGCACUUCUGGUGGCUGACUGUUCUGCUGUCUCUGGUGGGGUCGCGGGUUUCCUCACUGAUAGUGCUGGAGUUUUCCCUCAGGGUUGUGUCUGCCUGGCUCACUGCAGGACUGGACUCCCCCGGAAGAGGCCCCCAGCUGCUCUUGAUCCAGUGCCAGUUUUCCCUUGGUUGUGCUCUCUCCUGCAGUGUUGCCUUCCUCCAGCAGGGUGCUCCACACAGUUCCCUUAACUUGUUUCUUGCAGCAGGGCUCGCCUGGGUGCUGGCAAGCGUCUGCCAUCAGCUCUGGUGCCAUGUGGCCAGGCUCUACCCGCUGCAUAGCACAGAGCGCUACUGUGGGAAGUGUAUUACCCUGCUGACCUCGGGACACAACAUACUGGUUACACUGCAAAGGCUGGUUGUUUUGGCCUUUGCACUAGCAGCUGCGGCUUCCACCGCUACUGUGUAUGACCACUUCCUGUCCCAAAAGGAUGCUCUCAAAUUUUGGACUCCUCUGACUCUCUGCUACACUAUGCUGGUGGUCUAUAUUCAAGAGGAGCAACUUCGCCAGACUGGUGCAGAGGCCCUGUUGCAUUCUGUGGUCCUGCGUCUCGGGGCCUUGCUGGUGCUCAUGCUGACGGUGGGUCACUGGUCUGAUGUCCUCCAAGUCCUCGUCACUUUCCAGGGAGAAGUAGCCUGCCUGCUGCAAUCCAAGGACAUUCUGCAGGCCAUAUCAAAGGAAGAAGAAGACAGUAGCCUGACAGAGUAUGACUCAAGUUCCAGUCCCACAACAAGGGGGAGCACAUCCACAUCAUCAUCAGGUGGUAGCUGAUGGUGUGCCAGUGGUCUACCUCAAAUAUUAAUAACCAUGUCUAAUGCCAAAGAAGCUCUGAUAUGCAGUGUUACCACUAACAAAACAAAUAUUGUUACUAUUCAUGGCAUGGCCAUUCAUACCAUAUACUGUUAUUUAUUCAUUACUGUUGGCUUGAACAGAAAGAAAGAAUGAAGUCUAUAUCAAUUUACACAAGAAAGCAGCUGCUCAUUCCUUAAUUUUCCUCCAAUUAUUAAUGGUAUCAGCAAGCAUGAUUUA